AUGGCAUUGACCCGUGACGAAAGCUCCCGGUCCGGAAUUUUGCCGUCAAGGUCGGCCCUCCAAAUUCUUGAUGGAGCAGAGGCGACAGCUGCUGGAGCUUUCAAGUCACGAUCCGAACGGCCGACGUCAUCAGCCUCCCACAUGUCCGCCAUGCGCGCCCAAUUGCCCUUGCUGAGGACGGCGCGAGGUGUGCGACAACGUCAAUCGCCUUUGCACGUCUGCAGGCAAUGCAGGGGCAUCCAGAUCAGCGCUGCGCCAACCACUGAAGCCCCCAGGGUUGGCGGGGAUGUCUUUGGAGCUCGAGGAGCAUCGCGGGACGCGGCCGAUGCCCGAUUCGAGGUUCUUGGCUCCCCUUACUCGCUCCUUUCCGUCACCCUGUCGCCGUCGCAGCAGCUCUUCACCAGAAGGGGAACAUUGGUAGGAGUGGCAGGCAAGGCUGAAAACGCCCAAUCGACACUGUCCAUUCUUUCCCCCUUCACACGAGCCUUCCUCGGCGUCCCUUUCCUAUACCAACGUAUUUCAUCCUCAACGCCGCUCACGGCCCUUAUUUCCACAAAAUCUCCUACGACGACCUUCUCCGUCCUCCACCUCGAUGGUACCACCGACUACAUGGUGUCACAACGCAAUGCGCUUCUUGCUUGGACGGGCCACACACUCUCUGUAUCGCCGCGUAUAAGCCGAGGCCUCUCGCUUGCCCACUGGGGAAGCACCCACCUCACCGGCCGAGGUCUGGCUGCCCUGUCCUCCCCAGGUCAAGUCUACGAAGUCACCCUCGCAGAAGGCGAGGAGUUUGUCGCUCACCCCUCGCACGUGGUCGCAUACGCCGUGUCUCGCAACCCUCCCCUGCCGAUGCGUCUGAAGUCGAACAUAUUGCGCUUCCAGAUCCCAAGCAUUACUGGCUUCUUCCCCGAGACAAAUUUCAUAAAGGCGAUGCGCGAAACGAGUACUUACAAGAACUUGUCUCGGUGGUUGUUCACUCUGAGGACGUCCCUCAGACGGACCAUCUGGGGAGACCGGUUGUUCCUCCAGUUCCGAGGCCCGACAACCCUUCUCAUGUCCAGCAGGGGCAUCAGGGUUGCCGAUUCUCUCACCAACAAGGAGGUCAACGAGAUCGCAGAUGCGCCGGCCGGCAUGGUUCCGGAUGUCGUUGAACUGACUACCAAGCCGAAGAUCGAGGCGAAGCCCGCAUCGGUCGAGCAGCCGCCCUCGGCCAUCCACGUCGCCAGCGUUUCACGUGACGGCAAGGUCAGCUUCCAGGACGCAAAGGACCUCAAAGAAUUCAUUCGAUAA